AGAGGGCACAGAUGAUCAUACGUCGCCAGUUAACGUCUCUGAGCAGUAACUACAAUACAGUAAUUAUUCUUCACUGACAAAAAUGUUUACUUCGCAGACGUCUUCUUUUCAAGACUCAAUCGACGUGGAAGAAAAGGAAACGGAUUUUGACAAUGAAGAAAUAUCACAACAAAUAAACUGUUAUUAUGCCGUCUAUUUUUAUGAAACCACAAGAUCGGAGUCGGCAGAAGAGAACGAGACCAAGAGCCACCGAAGGACAGAGUCCACGACGAGCCAGGAUGACGGCAGUCUCUCCCUUGUGGAUACCAGUUUGCCUUCAGAAGCUGAGCCUGAGCUACGCAGCUAUAUCUCCAGGCGGCUGAGCAAGGGCGCCCUUCUCGGAGGGAUGGGCAACAUUGCCACAGUGGAGCUCAGUGUGCCGGAGGAGGCGGUGGGCUGUUACUGCUGCCUCCUGGAGCAAGGCGAGGGGCAGGACGGCGACGGCUACGUGGUCUGCUUGCUGGGGGGGUGCGAGAAGGGCCUUAAUUUAUUCAGACUAGAGCUGGACAAGUAUGUGCAAGGGCUACAAAGCAACCUGAGCUCUGAGCUGCAGAAUCUGGAGACGGAGAUCAGGCCCUACCUCAGCCGCUGGUAUGAGGAGUCCGUCAUGCACAUUCACAGGGUGGUGCAGCUGAUGCAGGGGGAGGUGGCCUAUCUGCUCCAUGCCGCACUGAGUCACACAAACGUGGAUGUCAUAGAUGCGGACGAGAGAACCAAGGCGGACAUCACCAGGUUCAUCAAGGCAGCCAGUCUGCAGGGCCUGGCCCCAGAAGAGGCCACCACUGCCUCCCUCUGCAAGGCCGCCCCGGCGGAGCUGCGGUCCAACCUGCUGGUAGACUGCUCUCGCACCCCCCCUCUUUUCACCAACGCAGUCAGCAACCGCUUCUGCGACGACUGGAUCCAGGCGUUCCUGAAUGCGGCGGAGCGCAGCAACCCCUUCCUGCUGCGACAGAUCCUGGAGAACUUCAAGCUGAAGGCCAUCCAGGACAUGAACAACCUGAAGCGAUUCAUCCGCCAGGCUGAGAUGAGCCACUACGCCCUGUUCCGCUGCUGUCUAUUCCUGCAGGCCUGCGGCAACGGGGACGUGCUGCUGCGCAACGCACGUGCCGAGCACAGCGGCCUGCCCGAGGCCUGUGACAUCAUUCGCGUGCUGGAGGAGUUCCUGUGCGAGCAGGCACAGGGCGCCCCCUACUGAGCGGCCAGGGGAAGCACAUUUUAUCGGCACAUCCCAGCACCGGGGAACUGCUGCAUUCCCCACAAUAUCUCAGUAAAAUAUGUAUAUAUUUAUUUGUGUAUUUAAGGUUGAAGAGAUUGCCGUGUGUGUAAUCUAAAUUAAUCUGACACUGACAAGAUGGUGACUCUCACUACAGCAUGUAACCGUGUUCCGCAGCAAAAAGAGAGGCAGCCCAGGCGUCUCUUGCUCUUGGUAAAAAUGCUUCUGCACAGACAGGUUGGCCCAGUCCACCAGAAACCGGAACAUUCUGUCACUAAGUUACAACGUUCCAUUUUACUGCAGUUCGCCAAAUCGCAUAUAAAGACUGAUCGACUUCACAUGGUCCUGGGCAAUAGUUCCUCAGGGGGGCAUUAUUCUGAUUUUUAUCAUUAUUAACUUUCUUGGUUUUGUGUGCAAAAUAAAUGUGACAACACAACCUUUCACGUGUAAAAUAUCUGUAUUGUAGCAAAUCAUCCCUUAAUAUGAAAUCUAUAGACAAAGGUAUAUUGUACUUGAAAUAUACACACACAGACACACCUGUGAGGGCACAUGUAAUGUGAUCCCUGUGGCAGGGAUUCCUUGGCUUGCUUGUAUUCAGUUGUGAUUUAUCGUUGUAUAUAAAUGUUGCACACAUGCUGUACAGAUCUGGCUGUGAAAUGCUUGUACUUUAUUUACAGGAAGUCCUGUGCACUACAGUUUUCUCUCUGAAGGAAUAAUGAAGCUGUUGUAUAUUAUAGGAGCAGGAACCGUAUAAAAACCCACAGUUUCACGAUUACUGAAAGGUUUACGUUUACAGCAUUUAAUUUGGCGUGAUUUGUCUUCCCUGUGGUGAUUUAAUUUACAUGUGGCUCUCCUCCACUAGUGGGGAAUGUUUAGAUGUGAAGCCCUGUGACAUGUUCUUGGGGGGGAGACGCAGAAUCUCCAACAGCAGCACAAAGCCCCCAGCGUGCCCUCCGCACCUCCUCUGCUUCCCGUUCGUUUGUGUCGCCUUGUCACUCAUGAAGGAACAGUAAUAAAAAUUAACCAUC